AUGGACAACCACUUCUGGAUCUCCGUUCUUCUUUCCCUCGUCGUCGGCGCUCUCUCGACCGGCAUCGCCAGGACUGCCCUCCGCUGCCGCACCUCGCCGCCCCGUAUUGAGCUCAGCGGCGAGCACGAGGUGCGCCGAGUUCCGGAGCUCUGUGACGUCUAUGUCCGCAUCCGCGACGAGAGCAAGCAGCCCGGCGAGGCGAUGCAGCGCGUGUCUGCCACUGCCUCCUCAUUCGCCGAGCAGGUCCGCACCCUGGCGCCGGCAAAGUUGGGCGACGCCGAGCCCCGCCUCGCCCUUGACGCCAGUGAGGCGACUGACGUGCCCGAGGAAUUCCCGCCGAGCAGCCCCGAGAAGCCAGUGACCGGGUGGAGCAUGCAGCAGAUCCGCAGCUGGAGCUUUGAGCGCACGCCGCCGCGCCACCCGGACCCGAACGACAACACGGAGUACGGCAAGUUCUACGUCGCCGAGGCCUCUGCCAAGAUCACGUUCCACGAUUUCGCCGAGCUGUCCGCGUUCGUCAUGGAGCUGAGCCCCCUCAUCUCCAUCGACCGCCUCGCCUGGCGCCUAUCCCCGGGCACCGAGCGCGGCCUGCACGCGCGUGUGCGUCAGGCGGCGCUCCGCGACGCAAUUCAAAAGGCUGAGAACUACGCCCAGGUCCUCGCCAUCCCCGGCGCACGCGUCCAUGUUACAGACAUCAGCGACAGCAGCUCGGGCGGCGGCGCCGCGCCCCGCGCCAUGUUUGCCGCUGCUGCGCCGAUGGGCCGAAGCGCAAAGCAGGCCAACACAAUUACGAUCGAGCCCGAGCCGAUUGAUGUGGUCGCCAACAUCUUCGUCAAAUUUGAGGUUAGGCCGUAG